CUCCGUCAUUUUGUCAGGGACCUUCGCGGGGCAAACUACCACUCAUUCCUUAGCGGUACCUUACCUUGCCUGUCCUUCGCCGUAGCCUCCUCGCCUUACCUGUAUUUUUGCCAACCAUCCAGUAGAAAUUCUGCUGCCUCUUCUUCCCUGAGUCGUGCUCCGUCUUCAUAUUGUCACCCAACUUCUGUCCUUGUGCUUUAUUCGCUCUACUCCCUACAUCGUUGCACCCCCGUCCCUUCCGCGCUUCUCUGCCAUUAUGUCUGCUGCUGUGGUCUCUGCCGACGAUGGCCUCGAGCCGACGCUCCAGUCCAUCCUCGACCAGAAGACUUUGCGAUGGAUCUUUGUCGGCGGCAAGGGGGGCGUAGGCAAGACGACAACCUCGUGCUCCCUCGCCAUACAGCUCGCCAAGGUCCGCCGUUCUGUCCUGCUCAUCUCCACCGACCCUGCCCACAACCUGUCCGACGCCUUUUCGCAAAAGUUUGGCAAGGAGGCGCGCUUAGUAGAGGGAUUCUCAAAUCUGAGCGCCAUGGAGAUCGACCCGAACGGCAGCAUCCAAGACCUCCUCGCCGGACAGGGCGAGGACACUGACAACUCGAUGGGGGGCAUGGGAGGCAUGAUGCAGGAUCUAGCAUUCGCCAUCCCCGGUAUAGAUGAGGCCAUGUCCUUCGCCGAAGUCUUGAAGCAGGUCAAGUCUCUCUCGUACGAAGUCAUCAUCUUCGACACCGCGCCGACCGGCCACACGCUCCGCUUCCUGCAGUUCCCGUCCGUCCUCGAGAAGGCCCUAGCCAAGAUCUCCCAACUCUCUUCUCAGUACGGACCGCUGCUCAACGGCUUCCUCGGCAGCCAGGGCACCCUACCGAACGGGCAGAACCUAAGCGAGAUGAUGGAGAAGCUCGAGAGCCUCCGCCAGACCAUCUCCGAGGUCAAUACGCAGUUCAAGGACGAGAACCUGACUACCUUCGUCUGCGUCUGCAUCGCCGAGUUCUUGAGCCUGUACGAGACGGAGCGGAUGAUACAGGAGCUGGCGGGCUACGGCAUUGACACCCACUGCAUCGUCGUGAACCAGCUCCUGUUUCCAAAGCAGGGCAGCAGCUGCGAGCAGUGCAACGCGCGGCGGAAGAUGCAGAAGAAAUACCUAGAUCAGAUUGAGGAGCUAUAUGACGAGUUCAACGUCGUCAGGAUGCCGCUCCUCGUCGAGGAGGUCCGAGGCAAGGAGAAACUCGAGCGCUUCAGCGAGAUGCUAAUCCAUCCCUACGUACCGCCCGAGUAAUAAGGCGCGGAUGCGACACGGAUCAGGGCAGGUGGUUUAAGGGGGUAUAGCACGGCGUUACAAAGUCCCUUUUUUUGCUAGUGGGCAGCACCCAAGAGGACGGCCGCCCUAGAGGAUCACAAUAGAGGGAGAGACUGGCAUGGAUUCUGGCGUGUAAACUCAUGCGGGCAGAGGGACCAGGCACGAGACUUCUCCCUGCUUGACGAAUGAUUCCGGCGUUGAUAGAAGAGGGACAAUGCGAUACGACGUCGAUAUUCAAUUUUCUGAGGUUACUCUAAUUCCUCACCAACGGAAUAAUGGAAUCAGUUAAAUCAUCUUCUACAAAGGCUCCUGUUUUUAUUUUUAUUAUUUAAUGGCUGGGGCAUCUUUCCGUUCGCUGAUAUAGAAAGCUAGGUCGAUUCUACUGCAGGAUG